AUCUCUGUUUCCUCCCGGAAGGAGCCUUGGCCUUCAUAAGCAUUUUAACGCGACCAUGGCACAAGUUUCCAACAACGACCUCGUGCAAACAGAAGAGGAGUACGAGGAUGACGAUGACGACGACGAUGUUUUUAAUAUUAUGUUAAGUCCUGGCGGCGACGAAGGCAGCUCAUUUCGCACCAAAAACGACCCGUCAGCGCCUUACCAGCGUACCAAUGUUACCGAACGUAAAGGGGCAUUGGACAUCCGCUGCACCUGUCUGGACGUGAUUCAUGGCCUCGUAAGCCCCGAUGCCGACGAAUUUGCGACACUGAUUAUUCUCAACUUCCGGUUCGACAGCCGCAAGACAGCAAGGCGCAUUUUAGCUGUGAACAUCACCCUCCAGUUUGCACCUGAGAAACACGGUGACCCCGAGCCCGAAGUGUUUCAGAUUGAACCCUACGAUAGUAUGGUUAUGGUUCAGACGACACAGACGGAAGAGAAGAAAACCACGGCGGGCGUCAAUCUGGGGGCACCUCCGCUUGUUGGUGUAGAGUUGGGGGCGGAGUUGGGCUGGGAACGCAGCGUCAACCGAGAAACCACAGAUGCGACAAAAGUGAUCGGUUCGAUUGAUCUUUUGGGAAGAACUUAUGGGAACGCGGACAGCGCAUCUUGGUCGCUUAUUGAGAAUAGUACUACCAAGACUGGCGUACCGUCAACAAUGCGUACGGCAAUCUUGUUGAAAAGGCAGGACAAGAAACCUUUUCGUUGCGAUUUCAAGAUAGAAGCCAAGGUUGACCCUAAAAGUUCUAUGGAGAGGAGCUUUCAACGGCUGUUUGGGGGACGAUCUAAUGAUGAUCCUCUACUCUUUGAUCCACAGCUGCCUCCUACCAACAAGUUGCAGACGUACGAUCUCACCGCACUUGGAUCUGUGGACCUGGGCAGUCUCUCGGGCGUGACUUUCCAAAGUGUGCUUGACUCUGCAGUAAAGCAUAUUUAGAACAGUUUGACGCACAGAUCCAACGUAAAUACUAGAUAAGACCUUACCAAAGUUUAAAGGUUGCAAAAACAUGUUGGCUGUAUCAAGUGAUUCUUUCCUAGUCCUGUCUAUACAUCAGUAGCACUGUUUGGGUUUCCUAUUUUUAGCAUGAUCACACACAUCUGGUUCAUAGUUCGGGUUAUGAUUUGCGUUAUGAGCAUACUUGCCAUACUUCUUACUUUUUUUCAUCAUUAAUAGCGCUGAAAUAGCUACAUACAACACCUGGAGCCGCAGCUGUUCCCAUAUACCAUUUAUGUGGUUUAAUGGUGACCGUGGAGAUUGGGAGACGGAAAUACGAG